CUGCUAUUUUACUAUUGAUACUGAUGGCUGUGUCCGCAGCCAUAACUAUCAUUAAAUGGACAACGUGUCAGCUUAGUUGCUCACACCGCCAAUUUUAACGUCUAAUAGUAAUUUAUUGUUUCAAGAAUGGCACAAUUAAACGGCGUUAAUCUUGACACAUUCGUAGAGGAGUUUGCCGACGUCGAACAGAAAAUGACUGCGUUAAAUGGCAGAAACGAGCUGCUGGAGACCAUGUUGGAGGAUGCCAAUAAACUCGUCAAAUUCUAUGAGAGCAAGGAGAAACGUGUGAAUGAAGAAAGAGACACUCUGUUUGUCACUGUGAACACGCUGCAGCAGACUCUGCAAGAGCAGUGCAACCUCAGAGUGGAGAAUGAGCUGUUGAAGAGAAAUGCGGCCGACCUAAGAAAAAAGAUUGAAAGAACAGCAGACGAUGGGGAGGCUGAGAACCAACGACUGUUCAGUGAAAUAAAAGUACAGAGACAGAGCCACAAGAGGGAGCUAGAGUCUGUCAUGGAACAGUGCAGGAGGCAGGUGGCGGAUGCCCACACAGAGGCUUUCCAUCAAUUGAAAGCUAAAGAGGCCGAAGUGAACACGUUACUGGAGCAAAAAGCCGUGGAUCUGGAGGAGAUGAACACGACACUCAAGGACCAGGAGAAAAAACACCAAAGCGAGCUGUUGAAGUUGCAAAUGGAGUUUGGUGCGAAGUUAGGCAGAAUUCAGAAUACAACUCAGUGGAGCCAGCAGCAGCAGCAGAAACAACAUGACUUCAACAACACUGCAAAUAAUUUCUUCAAGAGGAAGCUACAGUUCUUUCAGGAAGAGAAGACCAAGCAGAUUGAGGCCCUGCGUCAGAGAAUCAAAGAGCUGGAAGACAACCAGCAAGUUGGCAACCCCAACGACAGCCGUUGGAAGAAGAGAAGGACCUAGUUUGUUUUAAAGCUGAUAGCACUAAGAGGCUGCUGACCUGUCACUUUUCCAGCUUCAAGUAUACAAGUAUUUAUCCUGUCUUUCCGUUCCCAAGGUGACAACAUUUUCAGGUGUGUAGCUUCAUUUAACAGGACAAUCAACUACCACGAGGCUCAUGUGCAUUCUCAAGUGAAUUUGCAGUUUCACUGGCAUGCUGACAUGUGACAGUGUACUGACAUCGCAAUUAAACAGGUUGUAUUUCUGUCUAAGGCUUUAAUCCAAUCAGACAGUUGCAUCGGGUUAAAAACCACAAGGGCAGUUUCAAUUGUGUGCAUCUUCUUUAAAAUCUUAUUUACAAAAUAAGUUAUUUUACUGCAAAGUAUUUCCUGUUUUACUGAAUAGUUGAAUAUAAUUAAACUGGUUUUGAUAUUUUGGCAGAA